AAUUUCCAACCCUGCGAAAUACUCGAAACCGAGCCCUGAAAACACUUCCCAGACCUUCCCUUUCGUGAGAGGAAUCCAACGGAGGAAGAAUCGUUGAAAACGGUCGUGAAACGAGGGAGAAAACGCUCGCCGGAGUUUUCGCCGGAAAACUUUCCCGACAGAAAACGGAGGAGCAGGAGCCGCCGUCGCCGCCGCCAACCCUCCACCGGCCUUCGCCGUCUCGAGAGGAGUGCACCGCUACCCCGUUGGCCGUUUCCGACGAGGUGAUUAUUUAGAGACCGGAGUAGAAGAAGAGAAUUAGGAGCACCCGGACUAGAGGAAACAUGCCGCCAAGAAGAAAUCCCCAUGCGACCCCAACUGUUGAGGAGUUGGCUCAAACUAUUCAGCAGAUGGCGCAACACAUCGGAGCAGCUCAAACCCAUAACCAAGGGGUUGACUAUGCAGCGCGCGUAGCCGGAAGGAACCCCCCAAAAUACCUGGGGGAGAAGGAUCAUCUGAUUCUAGAAGACUGGAUCCGAACCUUCGACAAGCUCUUUGAUUCGCUCAACUGCCCGUUAGAGCAGCGGGUAAACAUAGCGGUGUACUACUUGCACCAAGAGGCGGAUCAUUGGUGGGCUGCCACCGGGACAACUCUGCUCGAGCAACCGGAAUUUUGUUGGGAAGACUUCAAGAUAGCCCUACGCGACCGUUUCUAUCCGGACCAUGUGAAAGAGGCAAACUAUGAUGAGUUUGUCAACUUCAAGCAAGGAGAUUUAACCGUCCAAGAGUACCACACGAAGUUUGUCCAAUUGGCCCGCUUCGCCAAAGAGCUGGUAUCUACUGAGGCCAGCAUGACCCGAAGAUUUGUGAAUGGGCUGAACUUUGGCGCCCAAAAGUUCGUAACCGUGGCAGAGCCGCGGAACAUGAAUGAGGCGUACCGGAAGGCCGGGAAGUACUACAUGGUACAUCAGAAGGAGAGGGAGGCGCAGAAGAGAGACCGGAAGAUUGCCGAGGUAGAACAGCAGCAAAAGAAGGCCCGAACUGACCGCCCAGAGCCAAGACAGAACAACCAAAACGGUAGAACCUUCCAAGGCCAGGGUCAGGGAAGGAAUCAGCCCGCUCAGGUACGGCACUACAAAUGCAAACUGUGCCCAAAUAACCAUCCCGGGAAGGAUUGUGCGGGAAAUGCGGUGAGAUGUUACAACUGUAAUCUCAUGGGGCAUCGGGCAUAUGAGUGCCGGAAACCUCCGAGCCAGGGUCAAGGCCAAGGGAACAACCAAACUGGGGGCGGGAAUAAUCACGCUAACAUCAACCGUGGUAAUCCCGGUAAUCGCCCAGUGGAGGCUAACCGAAACCAAGGCCCGGGAGGGCAAAACAAAACUCAAGGCCGCAUCUACGUCAUGAACCAGGCGCAAGCAAAUGCACACGAUGUGGUGACAGGUGAGGUUGAUUCUGUCGAUUGAUGAUUGCUUGCAUGGCCCGAGAGCGAGUUAGAAGCCGCCUUAGUUAUAGUAGUCAUGAAAUAACAUUUACUUUACAAACACUUUAUUUCUAUUAAAUUAUUUGUUAUGUUCUAGUUGCCUGUGCAUCCAGUUGAGAGAUGACCGGAUGUGGCGGUAACACCCAUUUCCCUUACUAAGACUUCCGA